AUGAUUGCAACGGCAAAGAACAAACAGGAAAAGAUGGAUGCUGAAAACACUCUCAAAAUGCAUCAUGUGCUCGUCAGUCAACAGAGGGUAAUUGUGCAAUGCUUGACAAAACUCUCUCGGGAUUCCGAUACGGAUGUUUCUGUUCUUUUAGCAGAUGCUAUGGCGAACCGUUACACCAAAUUUCCAAUGUUGGCAAGCAGACCUAAAAGCAUAAGUGACUUAGAUAGAGUUCCCCUCACAUUGACAACGGUUCAGUUGGCUGAGAACACAGGUAAACAACAAUAA